GGAAAUGACAUCAGCAGCGGCCGCAUUGCUUGUAAUUUAAAACCGGAACAAACAAAAUAAACCAAAGGAAAGCUCAGCUGUGUUCUCGUGGAAGUGUUAUAAAACAAUAAACACACAGUUUUUGCGCAAAACAGGAUCAUUUAAGGGACACUGGCGAGCGGACUUCAGCCCUUUUGUUCCGCGGCUUGGAAAAAGAAAUGGACACGAAUAGCACAUUAGCCAAAACAUCAGGAUAAAAAUUUUUAAAUUUUAUUUUACAAGUAGCUCUUUUAUUUAACAAACCUGUAAGUUAAGGUUUUAUAUUGUGUGUUUUUUUAAAAAAAAAGUUAUAAUGAAGGGCUGUGCGGUGUCAAGACCGAGGAGGAGGAGGUGGAGCAGCGGGGCGGCCGGGCUGCUGUAUCCGCUGCUAGGUGCGUGCCUCUGGGCUGCGGUAGUCGGGUACAAGCCGGUGAUCAUAGUGCACGGUUUGUUCGACAGCUCAGCGGAUUUUAAAAACCUACUUGGGUUCAUUAACGAGUCCCAUCCUGGAACAAAUGUGACGGUUAUCGACUUGUUCGACAGAAGUGCCAGCCUGCAGCCCAUGUGGAAGCAAGUAGAGGGAUUCAAGGAAGCUAUUUACCCAAUAAUGCAAAAUGCAGCAGACGGGGUCAACUUUAUCUGCUACUCUCAAGGUGGACUUAUUUGCAGAGGAAUCCUCUCCACUCUGUCUGACCACAACGUCCAGUCUUUCAUCUCUCUGUCCUCGCCUCAAGCCGGACAAUAUGGAGACACAGACUACUUGAAGUUCCUCUUCCCACAGUUUGUGAAGUCCAACCUCUACCACCUCUGCUACACUGCAAUGGGUCAGAGGAUAUCCAUCUGCAACUACUGGAACGACCCCCACCACAGAGACAUCUAUGUGAACAGUAGUGAUUAUUUGGCUCUGCUCAACAGUGAGAGACACAAUCCAAAUUCAACAGAGUGGAGGAAGAACUUCCUCAGAAUCAAAAAACUGGUCUUAAUCGGAGGACCAGACGAUGGAGUCAUCACUCCCUGGCAGUCAAGUCAGUUUGGAUUUUAUGACAACAAUGAGACCGUCGUUGAGAUGCAGCACCAAGAUUUUUAUUUAAGAGAUGUUUUCGGCCUGAAGACGCUGGCAGCUCGUGGAGAUCUGAUCAUCUGUUCGGUUCCCGGUGUCGAACACGUCUUUUGGCACUCAAAUGAGACCGUGUUUCACACGUGCAUGGAGAAGUGGCUCGUGUAGAGAAAAACUCUUGUACGGCCAUGUAUGAAACUCUGCUUUUACAAACCACUGUAAAGCAUCCUCACAAACAUUUGUGAGUGUACUCGGAAGGAUAAAAUCUCAGCUUUGGGAUUGAAUUGCCAGUGUUUGUUUUUCCUUGGACAUUUUGUUGGUAAGGUUUGUUUUUCUGUAGAUACAUUUAGUUUUUUAUGCUCAUCCUAUUAACUACUUAAUUACUUUAAAAAGAAUAGUUUGACAUUUAGGGAAAUGCACUUAUUUGAUUUCUAUAUGACAGAAGCUAUAUCCAGCAGCUGGUUAACUUAGCAUAAAGACUGAUGGAAACAGUAGCUCUGACCAAAGCUAACAAAAUCCACCUACCAGCACCUCUUAAAUGCUAUAAAUAACACAUGAUAUGUUUAUUUAAACUGCACAAAAAUCUUUUAAAAAACAUUUAUUUGAUUUUAUGAGACAUUAUGUGCCAGACUAUUUCUUGGACUGGUGCAGUUGCUUCUUGGAGUCUUGUUGUUACUUUGAAGUUACAGGGCAAACAGUGGAAACUCCCGGAAGCUACUGCUCCCUGACAAAUAAAACACUGUAAAACCGCAAAGUGUUAUCUUUACACUCCAGUUUUAUAGGGUAUAGCCUGAUGUGUAAAUCAGUGGGCUUUAAAGGUGCUUGAUUUUUUUUAAACUUUGGACAGAGUCAGGCUAGCUGUUUCUCCUGUUUUCUUUAUUCUAUGCUAAGCUAACUGGCUGGUGACUGUUCCUAUUUAUCAUAUGGACACAAAAGUGGUAUUGAUUUUCUUUUCCAACUCUCGGAAAGAAAGGGAAAAAGAGUACAUGUCAAAAUGUUAAAUUAUUCCUUUAAAUAUUUAUUUUAAACCGUGCUGCUGUUGUCAGACAAAUUCAGCACAUCCCUGUGUGUGUGCUGAAGGUAUUUUCUAUACCCUAAAAUAUAAGGCACAAAUGGUCAGUAGCAACAAAUAUAAAUAACUUUUGCAACGGUGAAGCUAGUCACACAUUAAAGGGGCAUUCCAGCUAUUUAGAAUUGCAUCUCCAUUUCCCUCAUGUCUGCUCUUACGGUGUAAAAAAUGGUGGAGUGCCCCUUGUUAAUUUGUAUGAAAGCUUUAGUUUAUUACUUUUACUUACAUAGAGUGUAUAUUAAUGUGUGCAUCUGUGUGUGUUUGGUCACACAUACCUCAAAAACCCACACAACACAAUAGUGCCUGAGCGAUGUUCUGUCAUCUUGUCUACAUGUACAGACUCACUGCCCUGCUCAUCUUAUGAUAUAUGAAUUUAUGUCUUGUUAUCCUUCCAUUUUUAAACCUGGUGGGAUCUUGUUUUUUGUAGUGUGAUCAUGAAUCAUGCUUAUCGUCGUCAUCAUGCAGUGCUUUCGAACUUUAGUAGAUUGCGCCUUAAAUAUUGCCCACAUGCCUCAGCGUUUCAUGUUUCAUACCAAAGUGCUAAGACACACUGCCUUUAGUGAUGGUGCUAAAACAAACGAUAGAGAGGGGUGGAGACUGGCCAGAGAGUGGCAGUGCUAUAUUAGUAUUUACUUGUCCACCAGGCUAUUGUACGUGGCAGUCUUUACCUCCCAUCGUGUUUAGAUAUCUCAGGCGUUUUAGCAACCUUCUCGUUUGUCUCUAGCAGAAAGGGGAUUCUCUUCUUUAAUAAUUUGCAUUUUGUUGGAUGUUUAAGGCUGCCUGUUGUACUUUUAGGUGUUCCUUAAAAGAUGAAGAAUGGAAAUAUCUAUUGUGCGAUAAAAACAAGAAGUAAAUGACUAUUUUUAAAGUAUGCAUUGCACAAUAUUUUGCCAGAUAAAAAGAAGGGAAAUGAUGAAUCUGGGAAUAUUUUAACUUAACUUGUAAAGUUGUUACAUUUGCAGUAUACUUAUGUUGCAUUCUUUUGUUUUAUGUAUGCUUGUAGAAAGUCAUUGCAUACAAUAUGGGUUUAAGGGAUGUCCUCUCUGUUCAGUUUUCGUGGCUUUACAAACAGAAAUUGUAGAUUUGGACACUUUUUUUAAAAACUCAAACAGAAGCUACUAUUUUGAACCUGUCCUACAAUUUCUACAGUAUUUGGUCUGCAAAUAAAAAUGUGUAAAGUGUUGUCAAUUGUUCUUCAAUAAAAGGUAGUUAUGAAUGUC